GGCCUAGAACCUUCCACCACCGUAUUCUUCCAUUCAUUUCCUGUUUAAAUCUCCGGAAAACGCCGUCCAACAUUCACUACGUUGAUCUAGAGAGAAACAGAGUGCUACACUAGCUAUGGCCAAGCGUCUAAUCCCGUGUCUCAACAGAGUUUUGGUGGAGAAGAUCGUUCCUCCCUCCAAAACCACCGCUGGCAUUCUCCUCCCUGAGAAAUCCUCCAAGUUGAAUUCCGGCAAAGUUAUUGCAGUUGGUCCUGGAACUCGCGAUAAAUCAGGUAACACGAUUCCGGUGGGUCUAAAGGAAGGAGAUACAGUUCUCUUGCCUGAAUACGGAGGCACGGAAGUUAAGCUCGGUGAAAAACAGUAUCAUUUAUUCAGGGAUGAGGAUAUUUUGGGAACUUUGCAUGACUGAUUUUUGGAGAACAAAAUCGUGCUUUGAGAAGUUACAGUAUGAUUGUUCUAAUGUUAAAUCUUUGAGAUACUAGACUGAUUGAUGAGCUAAAUGAUUUGUAGCUAAAUGGUGUUAUAUUUGAGGUCAUAAAUGGUGAUAUGGAAUGCAAUAACAUUUUACUUACA